AUGGCACGCAAAGGCACAGCCAAACUUUCAGAAUUGCAAAACAUUGAAUUUAUUGUUCAGAAACUCUGGACAGACGAACACCUCUUCGAGGUAAACGCUCCCAACGAUUUCAAACAACAAGGAAAAUUCUUUAUUACAUUCCCGUAUCCUUAUAUGAAUGGCCGCCUUCACCUGGGUCACGCUUUUUCCAUCACCAAAGCUGAGUUUGCUGCAGGAUUUCAGAGCUUGAAGGGAAACUCCGUCCUCUGGCCAAUGGGUUUUCACUGUACGGGCACGCCCAUUAAAGCCUCUGCAGAUAAAUUGGCUCGUGAACUACAGCUUUAUGGCUGUCCUCCAGUGUUCCCCGCUAAUGUGGACGAGAAACCCACUUGUGUCGAGUCAGAACAGGUGGUGGUUGAUAAAUCAAAAAGUAAAAAGAGUAAAGCCGUAGCCAAAACUGGGGGCAUGAAGUAUCAGUGGCAGAUUUUGUUGUCAAUGGGGAUCCCCGAGUCAGAGAUUCCCAAGUUCACAGAUGCAAAUUAUUGGCUGGUGUAUUUCCCCGUGUGGUGUAUGCGAGAUCUUCAAAGGCUGGGCCUUAAGACAGACUGGCGGCGCUCAUUCAUCACAACCGACGCUAACCCCUACUACGAUUCUCUUGUUCGCUGGCAGUUUUUGCAUCUCAGGAAACGCGGCAAAGUUGCGUAUGGCAAACGGUACACGAUCUUCUCACCAAAAGACAAUCAACCAUGUAUGGAUCACGAGCGAACCGUUGGGGAAGGUGUUUGCCCCAUGGAGUACACCCUCGUUAAACUACUAAUUAUCUCAGAAUUGCCUGAAAAACUUAAAAAUGUUCAAGGGUUGGAAAAAGUAUAUCUCUUGGCUGCCACGCUGCGACCGGAGACCGUGUACGGCCAGACAAAUUGUUGGCUCCAUCCAUCAAUCGAAUAUGUUGCUGUCCGCUCAAAACGCUUCUCUUGUAUAUUUUUGCUCACACAACGAGCAGCGCUUAACAUGGCCUACCAGGAUCUAUUGGACCCUGACCAGCCUGGUAAGAUGGAUGUUGUGGCCAAGCUUGUGGGCGAGGAACUCUUGGGUCUCCGCUUGAAGGCUCCCCUAAGUGUCUACGAGCAUGGUGUCUACACUCUCCCAAUGCUUUCGAUAUCCGCUACUAAAGGAACUGGCGUGGUGAUUAGUGUUCCAAGUGACUCGCCGGAUGAUUUUGCUGCUCUUCGCGACGUAAAAAGUAAAAAGGCCUUGCGUGAGAAAUACCGAAUAACCGACGAGAUGGUUCUCCCCUUCGAGCCAGUGGAGAUAAUCGAGACGCCGGGUCUGGGCAAGCUUUCCGCAGCUCGAUUGGUCGAGGAGUUGAAAAUUACCAGCCAAAACGACCGUGAAAAAUUACAGGAAGCCAAGGAAAAGGUAUACAAGCUUUCUUUCUACGACGGUGUCCUGCUCGUGGGCAAAUACGCUGGCCAGAAGGUGCAAAAUGUCAAGAAGUGCAUUCAACAAGAACUUAUCGACUCGAAUGACGCCAUAUUGUACUACGAACCCGAGAAACCUGUUGUAACCCGCAGUGGUGAUGAUGCCGUGGUCUCGUUGUGUAAUCAGUGGUACCUCGACUAUAGCAAUGAAGACUGGAAGAGAACAACCCGCGAAUCUCUCGCCAUGGUGGACAUAGUUGAUGAGGCUCGUAACAACAUCGAAGCAACCCUUAACUGGCUCCAAGAACACGCCUGUUCGCGUAACUACGGUCUGGGAACGCGUCUGCCGUGGGACGAUAAGUGGCUCAUUGAGUCUCUCUCUGACUCAACAAUUUACAUGGCCUACCAGACUAUUGCUCAUCUUCUUCAUGGCGGAAACUUUGACGGGUCUGCCUGCGGUUCGCUAAAUAUUUAUCCCGAACACAUGACUCCCGCGGUAUGGGAUUACAUCUUCUUUGGCAAAGGUGACCCUGCUAAGCUUGCUGCCGAACGCUACACCUCCGUAACGGUGGAUUCGCUCAACAAACUCCGUCGAGAAUUUCUCUAUUGGUAUCCCGUAGAUUUACACGUUAGUGGCAAGGACCUUCUACCAAACCACCUGACUUAUUACCUCUACAACCACGUGGCAAUAUGGCCUGAGUCACCAGAACUGUGGCCUAGGGGCAUUCGUGCCAACGGCAUGUUGCUGCUCAACUCGGAAAAGAUGUCAAAGUCAACUGGGAACUUCCUGACUCUUUCAGAUGCAAUUGACAAAUAUUCUGCUGAUGGUCUGCGUUUGGCCCUUGCGGACGCAGGUGACACAUUGGAGGACGCUAACAUGGAAGAGUCGAUGGCCGAAGCCGGUCUCCUUCGACUUUAUGCACUUUACGAAUGGAUUGCCACAACUAUCGAGUCGCUAAGGGACCCUGUUACUGCUGGCUUCAGAACGGGACCCAUGGACCUUCAUGCCGAUCGUGUGUUUGAAAAUGACCUUCGUCUAACUAUCAAGAACGCUGAUGAGUAUUACUCUGCUCAGAACUACAAAGAGGCUCUCCGUGUGGUUUUCUAUGAAUUCAUUGCUUGCAAGGAUCGUUACCGGGAGGUAUGCCAGAGUCGGGGGAUGCACGCGACCCUGGUUCGUCGGUACAUUGAGCUACAGGCCAUCCUUCUCUCGCCCAUCUGCUCGCAUAUCUGCGAGUUCAUUUGGUGCAAUUUGCUGCAGCACGAACAAAGCAUAUUCAAAGCCAAUUGGCCAAGUCAAGCAGAUCCAGUUGACCGGAAAAUUCUUGCUGAAGGCCGAUACUUGGACGACGCGGCGCGCACUUUCCGUCUUCAGUUGAAAACAGCAACGAGCGUUCGUGCUCCCAAGGGGAAAGGCGGCGUCAACACUCAGACUGCGCAUCAGCCACCUAAACAGCCCAUCAGUGCUACAGUUUGGAUUGCCAAGAAUUAUCCGGCUUGGCAGGCUACCAUCCUGGGCGUCCUUCAUUCCCUUUUGACCAAGGACGUGGGCGAAUUGCCCGAUAAUGCAGCCAUCUCCCGCGCACUGCAGCCCCACAUGAAAUCACUCGGCAAGCAGGCAAAACGGGCAAUGCCGUUCGUGCAGUUGGUCCGCGAACGCUUUCUUUCCAAUGGAAAGCGGUCUUUGGAUACCCGCUUGGAAAUCGACGAGGAAGCCGUUCUGAUGGCCAAUUAUGAUUACCUUACCGCUACUCUGGGUUUGGAGGCUGAUGGACUGGAGAUUCGAGAUGCUGCCACUUCUGGCGACACUAAGGUGACCGAGUCUGUUUGCCCACUGGAGCCCAUGAUCGUCUUUCAUGCCUCAAAACCGAGCAUCAGCGUAUCCUUCGUCAACCCCACUGUCGGCUCGGGACUUUUUUCAGUGGAAAGCGUGCCCAUUCGUGAUGGUGACACUGUCGAUCAUAUCUCCAAACGCCUGCUCAAUAUCUGCCGCACCUUUAUGCCAGCCGCUGAUUGUAAGGAGUUAGAUCUAUCCACUUAUCCAACACAGUUAGCUUUUCAAAUUAUCUUUUAUUCGGAUCCAAUGAACUCGACAAGCCGCGUUGCUUCUACUGAAGAAUUGAUUCUUUACCGGUACUUGAAUCCGGUAGUCGGUCCCCGAUCGCUGCCCCCGGUGUCGGCCAAAGUUCUGUCGAAGCUUCAGUCCAGCGACAAAUUCACCCUCGACGUCUCUGCUGGCAAGUUAAAAAUUGUUCUCCAGGGCGAUGAAGCUGUCGAGACUGGCACACAACUCGUCUACACCGAUGUUGGGCAUCAGCUUGCAUGA